AUAUCCGAGUGGAAUUGCCUUUUCUUUAGCUAGCUGGAGUCGCAAAACUGUUAUAGCUUUGCUUGGAAGACUAGGGCCAAGGCUCUAUCUUUAAUAGAGGGGUGCUCCUGCUUGGUUUAAACUCAAAUGAUGGAUCAAGGGGUGUCUUAAUUUGUCUAUGGUACUUGUUUUUAGAGGCUUUUAGACCUAUAGGGCUGCCUCCAAUGAUGAUAAACUUUAGUUCUUCUGAAGUAGUUUUUGAGGAAAUUUUUUUUGGAGACCUGAACUGAGGAGGCUGAGCCAUUAGAAGAUAACUUUCUUCUCUGGAGCUCUAUUUUCAGAUAAUUUUUUUUGUGUAGUUCUCGUUUGUCUAUAUUUACGACAAUGGAAAUUGAAGAUCUUGUUUAUCUCUUAUGAUGAAAUUAACUUUUGUUCUCCUGAGAUUUAAAGUGCUGAAAAAAUUUGGAGACCUGAGCUGAAGAGUUUCUAAGGAUCUUUCGUAUCUCUCUGUUUCCUUAACAAUUUUUUUUUUAUAAUUUUUAAUGAUAUGGUUUAUUUAAUAUAAUAGUUGCCGACGUCAUCAUGUAUCUGGUAUUAAAUUAGGGUUCUUUCUUUAAGUUCCUAUUGUGUGAUGAGAAUUUAUUUUUGCAUUCUAAUUGUUGUCUUGUUACCAAGGUAGACUAUAGAGACCAAGUAGAAUAGUGGUGGAAUUGGAAAUCUCUCAAAAUCGUGUUGAAUCGCAUGUGAAAUCGUUGAAAUCGGAAUUUCACACACGAUUUCAACGAUUUAUUUUCCUUAUUAAUUGCCUAAUACCCUAAAGCCUAAUGUCUUGUUACUCACUAGUCACUUGCUUCACGUAUGAUAUCAUAUGUUGAAUCAAAUCUGGGAAGCCUAAUCACCAUGAUGAGGUAUGAAUAUUAGUUAUUCGAUUGAAUUAAGUUUUCAUAUUGUACAACUUUUACUUGUGGAGUACUGACUGCAUGUUUGAUAUUUUUAGUUUUACAGCAGCCCUAUGGAAAAAGAUGCAAGUCAGAGCAGCUCCAACGGUACCCUCAAAUUAGAGAAAAUACCAUUUUGGGGGACCAUUUUUGAUUUUGAUUGCUCCAACCAGUCCCUCAUAUUCACCCGCAAAAUAAGGAAACUCUCACAUCUUGAUCAAAGUUGGGGAGACUCCACUCUCCCUCAAAACAUUAAAAAUUAUUAUUUUCUCUUUCCUUCCUAUUUUCUCUCCAUCUUCGCGCGACCUUGCUCCUCUCCUGACCUAGAUCGGCACCACCACUUAGAUCGGCACCAUCAAAGCUUUCGUAACUAUCGCCUGCCUCUGCGCUUUCCUCCUCUCUCCCAUCACCUUGAAACAUUUGACCAGAUUAUGGCAGCUCAACAAAUGUUCAAGAGUAUAGAAGGUCAUGCGUUCCACUUCUUACAUUGUUGGCAUGAAUUAAGACAUCACCCCAAAUGGUUAAUGGAUCAGUCUACAAAAAAGACAAAGAACACGAAGAACGCAAGUCCACAAUCUUCUCCUACACUUAGUCCUAACAUUGUCAAUCUAGAUGAGGAGAACAGUGUGCCAAGCACUUUUGUUGGAUUAGAGCGACCACCCGGUAGAAAAGCAGAGAAAGAACGCAUUCGGAAAGGCAAAGCUCGUGAUCGUGACAAUGGGGAUUCACCACUCGCUUCAGUGACCAUGCUACUAAAAUUUGAUGAAGAGAGCACAAAAAGAGAAACUCGUUUUGAGAGAGCAUACACGCAACAACAAGAGUUGAUUGAUAUUGAGAAGAUGAAGUACACGCAACAACGAGAUUUGAUUGAUAUUGAGAAGCAAAAGUAUAUGCAAAAACAAGAAAUGAUUGAUAUUGAGAAGAAUAAGGAAGAGGAGAGAAUCAUGACUACUAACACUACUGAUAUGCCUCCAAGUUUAGCAAAAUACUAUGAGAGUCGCAAGGCAGAGAUAUUAGCUAAACGAGCUUUGAGUGAGUGUUGAUAUGAUGAUUUUGUGGUUUGUAGUCAUCUUAUUUUCAUGUCUUUUGUUGACAUUAACUUUUAAUACAAUGACUUGGUGGUAUUUAUUUGUAUUUAUUAAUAAUAAGUUAAACUUGAAGGUAGUUAAAA